UUAGCAGGCGGGGAGGACCGUGAUAUAUUUUACAAGGGCGAGGUCUAAGAUUGGAUUAGAGGAAAGGAAAGGAAAAGAAAAGUAAAAGAAAGUUAAAGAAAGUAAAAGAAAAGAAAAUGACGCCUGUGCUACGAAAGAGACAUACACGUCUGACGUCUCAAACGGUGAGUGUGAGCAGGGACGAAGGUCCAGGGACCAAGGUGUUUCGUGUGGUGAUACGACUACCGCCGGAGGAGUUGGAGGAGAUCCGUCGGGAGGAAAUACGACGGAAUGGACUGCCCAGGGAUGGUGGAGAAGAUUUGACUUCGGAUGACUUUGAUAGUGAUGAUUUAUUAAGUUUGGAUUAUGAAUUGAAUAAGGCGUUGAAUGGAGGGGAUGAGAAUGAGGAGAAUGAAGAGGAGAAGAGUGAAGAGAAGGGUGAAGAGAAUGAGGAGAAGAGUGAAGAGAAUGUAGAGGAGAAGAAGAUUGUAGAGAAAAAGGAUGAAGAGAAAACUGUAGAGGAACCUAAUUUAGGUAUACCGACUCAACCAGACGAGAAAAUUGAGCAGUCAGUGGGAAAUCUGCCCGCCUUGUCAACUACCACCUUAUCAAAUCAAUCCAAGACUAAUCCACAUACCCCCAAUGUCCCCUCUAAAGAGUCAGAAGAUGGAGAUUAUCGAACUAUCCCACCAAAUUUAAUUGCCACCAUUCGAUCAGAACUUACUGAUGAUGACUCUCUAGGGAUAAUUUCUAAAAUGAUCUUCACUUUGAAAGAUCCAUUAUCAGCAACCAAGAUCUCACUCCCGGUGAAAUCGUCGGCGUGUCAUCACUUUGAGUGCUUUGACUACGACACGUUCUGCACUUUUAAUAAGAUCCCCUUGGGGAUUAAGACCAUCACGCGCAAGGACUUGGCCAAACGGAACUUUGAAAUGAAACGAUUGGAAAAGGAAAGACAACAAAGAGCCAAUUCAGGGGGUCUUGGGGCAAAUGCUGGGUUUUCGUUUGUACCACCUCCUCCAUCAGUUAAUAAGACAUACCCUCAGAUAUUUAUUCCUGGGCCUGGGCCUGGGCCUGGGAUGGCCGGGCAUGGGAUGGGACGCGGUACAGAUAACAAGAGUAAGCUCUCCUCAUACUAUGGGCCUAGACUCACCUAUAAAUGUCCCAUCUGUGACACUGCGUUUGAUCUCCGUAUGAUGAUGAUCAGUGAUGCUUACAAUUUCUUUGUCAAGACAACUCCAAGAGAUGUUUCUCGAGUGGAAUUAGUCGAUAUGGUGAAGUAUCGGAUUUUAGACGAUCGGCCCAAUUCUAGUCGUCAAUCCAGUGCUAUAGUUGAGGAGGUGAUCAUCUUGGACGAUGACGACGAGGAGGAUUACGAUGAGGAGGAGGACAAACAGGACAAGGCGUCUAAGCCCGCGCCAGGAACGUCUAAUGAGGUCCCCGUGAAACAAGAAAAAUGGGGGCUGGAUGCACAGUAUCAUAGACAUGUGAGCGAGGAUGUGUUUGACGAUGGACUUGACGAUGAGCUUCUUAGCUUGGGGACUCAGGGGAAGGGUAGUUGGGAAGAUCCGGUGACCAUUGAUUGAAUGGUGUGUGUUUUUUUUUUUGUAAAUAGAGUGAACGGGCAAGGAAUAUAGAAUAGGUAAUAC